GGCAGGGGGACGUGGCACGGGGAUGGAGAACGUGGGACAGAGGGACACGAUGCUGGAGGGCAGAAGCACACGCUGUGUCAUCCUCCUGGAACCACAGCAGCACUGGGGCCACCUCGCAGCCCCUCCGCGCACUGACAGCCGUAUGGCCACUCCAGAGCGGCCCCGCGGGUUUGGCUGCUCUGCAGAGCUGCAUCCCAGCGCUGCCCGGCACUGCAGCAGCUCCGUGCGCCAACGCUCCAACCCUCAGCACCGCGCAGUGUGGGCGGGGGGAGGGAAAAAAGAAAGUGAUGAGUAGGGAGGAUGCGAUGCGCAGGACAGCGGGCUGUCAAGGUCAGCACACGGGGACCCCGCAGCCCAACGUGCAGCAGCUGCGGCCCCACCACCAGCCCACCUCCAGGGUCCCCCGGCAGGGUGUUGAGUGGCUGGGAUGAGACAUGAGACCGCAUAGAUGGGGUGGUCAGAGAGUGCUGACUGGCUGAGGAGACGGCAAGGCACCAGAUCGAGUGGUCCCCGGGUGCUGGUGGAGUGGGUGCUCUUUGGGUACCAAUACUGGGUGCUCCACGAGUUCAGAUACUGGGUGCUGGCAUUAGGUACGUGUGGAUACCAACACUGGGUGCUCCAUGGGUGCUGACAUUGGGUGCUGACAUUGUACAUGUGGAUGCCAACACUGAGUGCUGUCGUUGGGCGUUGGCACUGUGCUCCAUGGAUGUCAGCACUGGCUGCUCAAUGGAUGCCCACACCAGGUGCUCCAUGGACUCCAGCACUGGAUGCCCCAUGUGCCAGUUGCUCAAGCAAGAGGGUGAUGGCUGCACCGUGGGUUUCUCUCCUGGUUCCUACCCCCCUGCUCACCCGAAGACAACCGUAGAGCAGCCCACACCCUACACCCCACAGCGCUGCCCAGGGUCCCGUCCCAAAGGAUGGGGGCCCCAUUGCAGUGCAGAUCCUCCAGCACAGAAGAGCUCUCGACCCCUACCUGAGGUAGAGAUGAGGCCCCGUGGGAGCCUAUGGCCUCGUGGGGCGGCCCCACUCCCUCCCGUGGGGUUCCCAUCGUCUCCUCAGGGUCCCUCUUCCACCUUGAGGCCCGGCUCCCGGACCCCCCACCCAACGCCUUCAGGGCUGCGGCUGCUCGAGGCGGUGCCGCUGCCGGUGCCCGUCACCGACCCCGUGCCGGUGGAGAGGCGGGGCGGCCCCGACAGCCCCUAUAAAGCCGGCGGCGGCGGCAGUGGUGCCGCAGUGAGGGCGGGGGCCACCAUGAGCCUGGUGCUGGAGGCCUUGUUGGUCCCCCCGGGGGGGCUCCGCAAGGAGUCUUCUCGCUUCGCUCCGCGCUCCGCCGCCUCUUCCAGCGGCUUCCACUCAUGGCCGGGACCCCCGGCUCCGGCGGGGAGAGCGCGGGGAGGCGGCGGGGGCAGCGCGGCCGCUUCCUCCACCGAGAGCCUGGAUUCGCUGAACGGCGAACCGCGGGCACGUAACGAGAAGGAGGAGCUGCAGCACCUCAAUGACCGCCUGGCCAGUUACAUCGAGCGGGUGCGGGCGCUGGAGCAGCAGAACCGGGCGCUGGCGGCGGAGGCGGCGGCGCUGCGGCAGCAGCAGGCGGGGCGCUCGGCCAUGGGCGAGCUGUACGCCCGGGAGCUGCGCGACAUGAGGGGGGCAUUGGUGCGUCUGGGGGCCGAGAAGGGGCAGCUGCGGCUGGAGAGGGCCCGCCUGGCGGAGGACGUGGCCGCGCUGCGGGGCAGGCUGGAGGAGGAGGCGCGGCAGCGCGCCGAGCUGGAGGCGGCGGCCCGCGGGCUGGCCCAGCGCUCUGCGCAGGAGGAGAGGGCCCGGGGGCCGCUGGCGGAGCGAGCCCGAGCGCUGCGAGAGGAAGCGGAGCUGCUGCGGAAACAGCACCAAGAAGAGGUGGGCGCGUUGCUGCGCGGGGCCCGCGCCGAGCUGCCCGCAGAGCCCCCCGCCUCGCUGCGGCCCGGGGUCACCGCCGCGCUGCGCGACCUGCGGGAGCAGCUGGAGGGCACGGCGGCGCGCAGCACGCUGCAGGCCGAGGAGUGGUUCCGCGUGAGGCUGGACAAGCUCUCUGAAGUUGCCAAGGUGAACACAGACGCCAUGCGUGUGGCCCAGGAGGAGAUCUCUGAGUACCGCCGCCAGCUCCAGUCCAAGACCACCGAGCUGGAAGCCCUCAAAGGGACACAGGAGUCACUGGAGAGGCAGAGGCAGGACUCAGAGGAACGCCAUCAUGCAGAUGUCCUCUCCUAUCAGGAAACCAUCCAGCAGCUUGACAAUGAGCUGAGAAACACCAAGUGGGAGAUGGCAGCUCAGCUCCGCGAGUACCAGGAUCUGCUCAACGUCAAAAUGGCCCUAGACAUUGAAAUUGCUGCCUAUAGAAAGCUCUUGGAAGGAGAGGAGUAUAGGAUUGAGACCGGCUUUGGAAUGGUCUCCUACCCUGAAGUGGUCCCCAAGGCUCCCAGCAUCGCUGCCAACAUCAAGGUGAAGAGUGAAGAGAAAAUCAAGGUGGUGGAGAAAUCUGAGAAGGAGACGGUGAUUGUAGAGGAGCAGACAGAGGAAAUCCAAGUGACUGAAGAGGUAACUGAGGAGGAGGAGACUGAGAAGGAAGCUGAAGAGGAGAAAGCUGAAGAAGAGAAGGAAGAGGAGAAAGCUGAAGAAGAGAAGGAAGAGGAGAAAGCUGAAGGUGAAGAAGAAGCCAAGUCUCCUGAAAAAGAAGAGGCCAAAUCCCCAGAGAAACCCGAGUCCCCCACAAAGGAGGAGGCCAAGAGCCCAGCAGUCAAGUCCCCAGAAAAGCCCUCAACACCCGCAAAGGAGGAGGCCAAGAGCCCAGCUGUUAAGUCUCCAGAGAAACCUGCAACCCCCUCAAAAGAAGAGGCCAAGUCCCCAGCUGUCAAGUCCCCAGAAAAGCCCUCAACACCCUCAAAGGAAGAGGCCAAGUCCCCAGCUGUCAAGUCUCCAGAGAAACCCGUGAUCCCAGCUGUCAAAUCCCCAGAAAAACCCCCAGUGCCCUCAAAAGAGGAGGCUAAGAGCCCACCUGCCAAGUCCCCAGAAAAACCUACAGCACCCUUAAAAGAGGAGGCAAAGACCCCAAGUGUGAAGUCCCCAGAAAAGCCACCAACCCCCACAAAGGAGGAGAUCAAGCCUCCACCUGUUAAAUCUCCAGAAAAGCCACCCACCUCCUUGAAGGAGGAGGCCAAGAGCCCAGCUGUCAAGUCUCCAGAAAAGCCACCAACCCCCUCAAAGGAGGAAGCCAAGAGCCCAGCAGUCAAGUCCCCAGAGAAACCCACACCUCCUUCAAAAGAGGAGGCCAAGAGCCCAGCUGCCAAAUCCCCAGAGAAACCCGUGUCUCCCCCAAAGGAGGAGGCCAAGACCCCGACUGUGAAGUCCCCAGAAAAAGCCAAAUCUCCGCUGAAGGAGGAAGCCAAGUCCCCGCAGAAGGAAGUGGCCCCAGCCAAGGAGCCCGUCCCCUCCCCUCCAAAGGAGCCAAAGGCCCCAGCAAAGGAAGAGCAGCCCAAGGAGGAGAAGGCUCCCAUCAAGCCUACAGCAGAGGGCAGGAAGGAUGAGGCUCCCAAGAAGGAUGCCCCAGCCAAGGUGGAGGAGAAGCCCAAAGAGAAGGCAGCUGCUGGGCCAGAGCCUCCAGCCCCACAGGUGAAAGAGACCAAGACUGCCUCCAAACCUGCAGAAGAAGGGAAAGCUGAGAAGGAUGCUCAACCAAAGCCCCAGCAGGAGGCUGGCAAAGCAGCUGUGAAGGAGCCAGAGAAGCCUAAGGCUGAGGGAAAGGUGGAGGAACCAAAGAAAACGGUGGAGGAACCAAAGAAGGAGAAGGUGGAAGACCCCAAAUCCAAACCCAAAGAUGACUCCAAAGCCAGUAAAGAGCCCCCCAAAGCUGAGAAGCCCCCCAGCAAGGAGGGCAAAGCCCCAGAGCCAGCACCUGCUGUGGGAAAGAAAUGAGCAGAGCUCCUCUGGGAGCUGGAGCUGCUCCGCUCCCCUCCAAAGUGUGAGACGGGGACGGUCCCCACGCUGGGUCCCCCCCAGGCAGGCCUUACCUUAGCAAUAUGUUUGUGAGAGACACAGCCCCUCGCUGCCCCACGCCAGUGGUAUGUUCCGAUCGCUUCAGUAGCAGAAUGUGAUAUAUGCAGAGCGCCCACAUUUAACACUUGAAUUAUAAGGAGGAGAACAGAUCCCAGGGGAACCGACUGCCCUUCUCCAAUAAGUGCAUUUAUUUAUUGUAUGUGCAAUGGAUGGACAAGUGUAACUCAGCUCUAGCUGCUUGGGAUGCGUGCUGUGGGCUGGCUGGCAGUCCUUCCCUCUAUGGGGUGAUGAGCGUCCCCCUGGGUAGUGACCCCAGCUGUAGCUGUGGCUUUGGGGGAAGAGGUUAAGCACUGCAGGAAUGCUCACGGAAAUACAAAGUGCACUAGGAAACACGAGUCCACUGUCAAUUGCUUCUGUGCAAUAACCAAAUAAAGUGCUUACAGAGACACA